AUGCAAGCAGCAGCCAAUGCAGUCCAAAACCACAUGGGACUUGUUGAAGUCCCAGUCGAGCCAUCUUACAAGGCUCGCGAGGAUGGGUCCAAGAUGAAGGCACUCGCCUGGUUUGGAUCCAAUGAUGUACGAAUGACUCAGGUUCCUGUCCCAGAUAUCACCCAGCCCGACGAUGUGAUUGUCAAAGUCACCGGGACGACCAUUUGUGGAUCUGAUUUGCAUUUGUACCAUGGAGAGAUCUUCAUGGGUGUCGUAGACAGAGUCGGAGAGAACGUCAAGAACCUAAAGCCUGGUCAACGAGUGGUUGCUUCAUUCCAAAUUGCAUGCGGCCAGUGCAGUUACUGCAAACAGAAGCUGAGCAGCAUGUGCGACAAGACAAACAACAGCUCCCUGCAGAACGCUAUGUACGGAACCCGCGAUGCCGGAUUCUUCGGCUAUUCUCACUUCACUGGUGGGUUCCCAGGUGGACAGGCGGAGUACGUCAAGGUUCCGUACGGAAACGUCAACCUCCUGCCGAUCCCGGACAAUGUAACGGAUGAGCAAGCCAUCUAUCUUUCGGACGUGAUCCCUACCAGCUAUCAUUGCGUUGUCGACACUGGGGUGAAGGAAGGUGAUAUCGUAGCCGUCUGGGGUCUUGGUCCGAUUGGCCAGUGUGUUGCCCGCUGGGCGCAAAUCAAGGGUGCCAAGCGUGUAAUUGGUAUUGACUCACACCCUCAGCGCCUGGCCUUUGCAUCUGAGAAGCUCGGCAUCGAGACCUUGAACUUUAAGGAACACUCGGAUGUUCUGAGGAGACUACGCGAGCUUGUUCCUGGUGGAGUGGAUGUCGCACUCGACUGCGGAACCUUCCACGAGCCCAAGACUCUGUUGCACAAAGUUCAAAAGACCUUGAUGCUCGAAACUGAUGUUUCGGAAACCGCCAACGAGAUGAUCAAGUCUGUGAGAAAGAUGGGUCGAUGUGGUGUCAUUGCCGCCUAUUCGGGAUACACCAACCAGUUCAACAUUGGUGCACUGAUGGAGAAGGGAGUGAGGUUUAUCGGUAACGGCCAAGCUCCGGUUCAUUUGUACUGGGAGGAAAUUCUAAACGACUAUAUCAUUCCUGGAAAGUUCGACCCAACCUUCAUGAUCACCCACCGUGUUCCAAUCGAUGACAUGGCCAAACUGUACGCCGCCUUCGACAAGCGUAUCGCUGGAGUCGAGAAGGUGUUUGUCGAAACUCGGUUCUCCAACCCACCGUCCCAGGGAUGUCCGACGGUGUCUAGGGUAGAUGACUGGGAGACGGCUACACACUAA